AUAAUAGUUGACUGCUGCGUUAUACUUUUUUUAUAUCCUAUGUAUAAUACAUCUAUAAAAUGACCUACUUGCUUCAAAGACACCGAAAACAUAUAAAUAACAUCAUAUUUCUACAUAGCAUCAUCACAUCUAUUUAAAUUACAUCCAAGAUUCAGACUGUGUUUUUUUCGGAUUACAAGUAAUUCAAAGCAGAAAUGAAGCUAAUAAUUGUGCUAGUAAUGAUGUUGGUUUGUGUGUACAGCAUGAGUAUUGAAAAGAAUAUACCUAAGAGUCACGAUGUACCAGCCAAAAGACAAGUUGCAGAAACUAAAGUUGAAAAAAAGAAACGUAGCGAUGAUGGUGAUGAGGAAAUAUGCGAUGACGAUGAUGAAGAUUGCGAAGACGUAGUAGAUAUAGAAGAAUGCAAUGAAGAUGAUGAUGAUUGCGAAGAUGGAGGAGACCCCGAAGAAUGCGAUGAAGAUGAUGAUGAUUGCGAAAAUGGAGGAGAAACAGAAGAAUGCGAUGAAGAAGACGAUGAUUGCAAUGAUGAAGAUAAGAAAAAAAAAAGGGAAACUAAAUCUAAAUUAAAGAAACGUAACGAUGACGAAGAAGAGGAAGAAUGCGAAGAAGAUGACGAAGAUUGCGAAGUUGAAGUAGAUGUAGAAGAAUGCAAUGAAGAUGAUGAUGAUUGCGAGAAUGGAGAAGAAACAGAAGAAUGCGAUGAAGAAGACGAUGAUUGCUAUGAUGAAGAUAAGAAAAAGAAAAAGGAAAACAAACUGAAAAAAGAAAGCAAGAAGAAAAAUUCAAAGAAAACAGUGUCAAAGAAUGCAAAGAAAAGUUCUAAAAGAUCAACGAAUACAAAAAAGACCAGCCAAAAAAAGCAACAAAAUAAAAGAAGCGCAAUUCACAAAAACCUUAAAGCUAAAAGAAGCAAACUUUAAAAAGAAGCAAACUUUAAAAA